GACAUGUCCAGAUGGCACUAUCACUUUCGGGCACAGCUUUUCCACCCUGCAUACUGGUGUUCCAGGUUCAGCUGAAACAUGGCAUGCAUCGAAAACCAGUUUUGUCUGUGUUUGAACCAAACAUUCAACACCACGCCCUUCAGAUGCUAAUCAUACGGAACCACCUCCUCCAAGUUUCAGUAUGUUUCUUCUUAAGCACCAGACACAUUCGACUCGCUCCAGAAGCGGACAGCAGCUCAACCCUUAGCCAUGCGGACUCCGGGGAUCCUGAUAUUCGGCAUGGUCCUGGCCCCCUGCGGAUGGAUCCUGGACCUGACCAGCACGGUCGCGCCCAACUGGCGCACCAUCCACAGCCUGGCAAACGAGCCUACCGAUCUGGUGGUGGAACAGGGAAUCUGGGACAUCUGCAGAACCUCCACAACGUCUAGAUCCCAACAGUGCAGCCAGCAAAGCAACGACCAAAUUUAUUUUAACAGCCAGAUCAUUCCGAUCGCGAAAGGAAUGAUGGUCGCGUCGUUGAUCGUGACAGUGAUCGGCCUUGCGGUGGCAACAUCUGGAGUCAGAUGCUGGAAGGACAGACCCAGAUGGAUACUGGCUUCUUUGGGUGGCCUCCUUAUCUUCUGCUCUGGGGCCCUGACCAUCAUUCCCAUUGCGUGGUACACUCAUAUCCUCACCAGCAUCAAUUCCACCUCCGUCAAAAGAGAUCCAACCAAAACGGAUGACAUUCGUGUUGGCUACUGCAUCAUUUUGGGCUACAUCGGAGGCAUCAUGGAGGUCCUUGGGGGUUUUGUGAUGUUCCUCGGGAUUUGCUCCUGCUGCGGUGGACGCAACCGUGGAGAAAAGUCUCGAUCCUACACGACACAACGGCCGGCAAUGGACAGACCGACGCCUCUGCCGAGGGUCAACGUACAGAGAAGCUUCAGCAGGAACACUGAAAGCAGCGUGCCGUACUCGCAGAAGUCACUGGACGACGACCUGGACUUCCCAAGAGCCAAACCCCGAGACAGAGGAUCCGUCAACACAUCCUACACCGGAAGACCUUACGAUGCUGAUCUGUGAAAUUGCUAACUUAGUCAGUACAUACUGUGAAUAUUUUGUGAGAUGUAACAACUGUUAAAGACCUGAGAGAUGUUUGAACAACUGCACUAAAUUAAAGUUCUUUAUAGUCACUGAUGGUUCCAUUUAGAACUGUUAACAUCCUUUCGAUUGCACAACAGUUCUUUAUAUUUAGAUUUUUAGGGUACUUUAGAAUAAAAUGUUUUGUUUUCACUGAAA